AUGAGGACGGAGUCCAGGUUUCCAUUUCUUUGUUAUCAGUUUGGUAAAAAUGAAGACUUCAAAGAGCAGAGGAGUAGCUUCUUCACAAAUCCAUUUGCAGUCUAUCAACAAACUAUUUCCGAAUUAAAAAUGAGUUGCAAAAAGAAAUACUGUGGACUUAUUUAUUUGCUUGCUAGAGGUUGCAAAAUUGAUGCAAACGAAGAAAGGAGUCGUCUUUCCUUUGAUAACAAAGAUUUUGAAGACAUCUGCGAAUUGACUGGAUUGCCAAAAAAUGAAUCCCGGUUUUCAAUUCUAGAUCAUCUUGAAAUGCUAGUUGGAAGCUUUGUUAAGAAAGAAAAGGGUAUAUUGACAUUCCAAAAUGAUUUUGUAAUAGAUGUUGUAUCAUCAGCUCUAGGAAUGUCUUUUCCAAAACAGAUGCUACGAUAUUGUCCACUGGGUUUCAUAAGAAGAAAAGUUAUAAUGACUGAAAGAGGGAAGAAGAAUGACAAAUUUGCUACAUGCUUAAAAUGUGAACAUAUCCCAGAUUUGAUAAACAGGUUAUUAAGCGAAGUAAGGAACAAACAACUCAUCGAAGUUUUUACACUUCCUCAUCUAAAUGAUUUUCGCUGUAAAGAAGAAAUGAAAAAACAAAUAUCUCAGUUUCCUGACGAUCAGUUUUUGAAGAUAUUUGUUAUCCCUUUUAUACAAGAGUCUUCCUCAUUACAAUCAUGUAUUCAGGAUGGCAUUGCCAGAGUCACUCCAUUCGAUAUAAACGUGGUUCUCAAUUCCGUUGCACAAUGUGCUUCAGAAUUUUCAAAGGAAUCUUGUGAAGACCUUCUAGAUAAUGGUUUAUUUGAAACAUUUCGUGAAAUAUCGCAAAUCUCUUUAGAGGAAAAAUACCAAAGCCAGUUUAAAAAAAUUAGGCAGAAGAUGAAAAAGCAAUUACCAAACUUCGAUUUGGAAACAAUUUUGAAUGACAAGGAAAAACGUGAAAAAAUUGUUUCCAGGUCUUUCAAAGAACUAACAGAGGUAGCUCCUUUAGGUGAGGAUUGGUUCUUUGAAUUAUUACAGAGGUUUUCUACUCCGAUUUUGCAUUCUAGAUGCUGCGAUUCAUUCUUGCCUCUUUUAGAAAAAGUAGUGGGUAAAUGCUUUAAGGAUAAGUUUGGUGAUAAUGAAAAUGGAAUAAUGAUGGAAUUAGUGAAAAGAACGUUGAGUGUCAGUAGGCCUGUUCUCAAAAGCUUUCAAGGAAAAAAGCGUCCUGUGGAAUUGUUCACGCCCAACCUUAGGCAAGAAGAAAGAAAACUGAAACUAAAAAUUGAUUUAGGUGACACUGCAGAGUUUUUAAAAGUUGACUUGCUUUUAUACUCUAGACGUUUGUCUGGUUUAUUUGCUUUGGAAUGCUUUAACCACAACGAAUUGUUUGAUUUCAUGAUAGACAGAGUUUUACUUUUUUCAGAGGGUAAACAACUUUUGAGAGACCAACAAAUCUUCUUUGCAACAGUCAUGAAUGGCUCUGUUGAACACGCAAGAAAAGUCUUAAAUAUUUUGGGAAACGAGAUGAUAAAUGACUGCUUUGAGUAUUUGAAUAAUCGUGUCACUCCUCUGCAUAUUGCAUGUGGACUUCUGAAAUCAAAUAUAGUGAAACUUUUACUUGAUUUUCGUGUGUCCGUGAAUACAAAAGACGCAUAUGGCCACACCGCCUUAGAUUUAGUUCUGUAUUCAUUAAAAGAGAAUUGUACUGUUAACAGAAUGGAACGGGGAAAGAAAAUAAUAAGCAUGCUUUUAGAAAGGAAAAUUGAAAUAACCUCAAAAACGGUGUUCGGAAUUUCUUCUUUGCAUUUAGCCUCAACUUUUAUUAAUCCAGAAAUACUGAUAUUGCUUCUUCAAGACUCGGCGCUCAUUAACUUUAAGGAUAAUGACGGGAAAAUGCUUUUACAUUAUGCUGCCAUGUCUGGCAAUGAACCAGUGAUCAAUAUUCUUUUAAAAAAUGGGGCAAAUGCAGACACAGUGGAUAAAAAUGAGGAUUCGCCACUUUUACUAGCAUGUCAAAUGGAACAUGUUCGUUGUGUUAAACUUCUAGCUGAUCACAAUUGCAACUUCGAUGUACAAAAUUCCAAAGGUUACACUCCACUGAUUGUAGCUGCAAUGAAGCGCCAGCCUUUAAUGUUGAAAACAUUACUUGAAAAAAACCCUGAUAUAAAUGCCUUAGAUGGUGUAAAAAGAAGUGCCCUGUGGUAUGCUGUUAAUUGUGAGGACACUGAGUCAAUUCUGGUUUUACUUAAUGGUGGUGCUAAUCAGUUACAAUCCGAUAAUGAGGGGGAAAAUGUAUUGCACCUAGCCUCAAGGAAGGGAAAUACAGAAAUUGUAGAUAUCUUGCUUAGGAAUUUACAAAAUGUAGAUAUUUGUACGCGAUCAGGAAGUACAGCAUUGCAUUUGGCAUCAUUGCAUGGCCACGAUAAAAUUGUUCUACUUUUGCUUAAUAAAGGAGCGGAUAUAAAUAAGAAUUCAAAAUCAGGAAGAUCACCUUUGUAUUUGGCAUCAAAAACAGGAAGUGUUUUAACUGUGGGCGUUUUAGUUUCAAAUACUACAAUUGAUAUAAAUUGUAACCAUCAGUACAAUCCUCUUAUAAUUGCAUCAGAGAAUGGUCAUCUACGUAUCGUAGAGCUGCUUUUACAAUCAAAGGCAGAUGUUAAUUAUAAAGACUUUUAUGAAAGAAGUGCUCUGUGGUACGCAGCAAGGAAAGGACAUGUGCAUAUUGUCUCAUAUCUUCUAGAACAUGGAGCUUUUGUCAAUGAUUUUGACAAAGAUGGAACAAGAGUGCUACAUGCAGCAAUCGAUUCUAUGAACUUUCAAUUAUGUUCAAUACUUUUGCAUACCGAGGGCAUUGAUUUUUUUGUGAAUAGUAAUGAAAAUCCAGUUAUAAGGGCGUCUAGUACAGGAAAUACAGAAAUUGUACAAUUACUAUUCCAAAAGAUGUCAAUGAUAGAUAACUACCCUGAGCAUGAAAAAGGGAUUAUAAAUCUGUGCUUGAUUGCUGCAUCAUCACAUGGUCGCAAAAAUUGUGUAAAAAUGUUAAUGAGCAAGAACUGUGAUGUAAAUUUCUUGAAUGAUGAGGGAAUGCAUCCAUUGUGGCUGGCUGCUAGAAAUGGUCACGAAGAUGUUGUAACUGAGCUUUUGUACCAUGGUGCAGAAGUUGAUAAAUACACUUGCUUUAGUUUUUUUCCGGAGAAUUUUCAGUGCAUGUCGAAUAGCACAGCACUUUAUGUAGCCUCUUCUGAAGGACAUGUUGACAUUGUUAAGAUAUUGGUGAUCUUUGGCGCUGAUGUAAAUGCAUGUUCAGAAUGUGGGACAACACCCAUUUGCAUUGCGUCUUCGUCUGGGCAUGAAGAGGUAGUUUCCUUUCUUUUGGAAAAUGCGGCAGACAUAAACAAACAAAACAAAAACGGAAUAACUCCCCUGAUGGAGGCUUCGAAGAAUGGGCAUGUAUCAAUCGUAAAUAUGUUGUUGAGCGAAAAUGCAGAUCCUUUAAUAAAAAAUGUAUCGGGGAAAAAGGCAUUGGAUUAUGCUACAGACAAAAGACAAUACAAAAUUUCAAUGAUGUUGGUACGUAAUCGUAUAAAACCUCCAGAUAAGGUUAAAAAACUGUUUUAUUUCAAAAAGAGAAGGGUGUCACACUGGGGCUCAUAUAUCAAAGAAAGACAUAUAAAUCAAAGGCUAGAUGAUUUGUUAUUACUAUUUAGAUUAAGAAGAGUUGAAAUAAAAGGAGAUGGGAAUUGUUUUUUCCGCGCUUUACAACACCAAAUUCAAGGUUAUGGGUUUGACUCUAUGGCGUUGCGAAAUAUUUUAUGUAGACAUCUUUCAGAUAAUAUGGAUCAUUAUAUAUCGUUUUUAGAAUUUGGACGGUCGGAAAAUAGAUUUCAGAUAUUUAAAAAACAAAUUCGUCAGAUGGAGAAAAACAGCAUAUGGAACACAGAACUAGCUGAUUGUUUACCGUUGGCAGCUGCAAAUGAAUUUAAAAGAACAAUUAGGAUAUUCUCUGAUAACCUAGACGGCCCUUUAGAAAUAAUUCCUGAUCUUGAUACGGCAAGUGGAGACUUUAUCAAUCUUGUAUACAUCACAUAUGGAAAAGGGGAACAUUAUGACGCUGCAGAGGAGGAUACAAAAAAAGAAAUAAGGAAACCUGAAGAAAUGGAGAACUGCGAAGCUAUUGAAAACGAAUUGGAUAAUAAGGACCAAGGAGAAGACCAAGGAGAGGAAGAAAUAAGGGAGGAGGAAGAAAGUAAGGUAGAGGAUGAGGAAGAAGACAGUUAUGAAGAAGAAAGUAAGCACGAAAGCAGUGAGGAGGAUGCUGAUGCUGAUGAUGAGAGUGAAGAAGUAGAUGAUGAACUAAUGAAGUUGGUUCAACUGUUUGAUAAUAUUUUCAAUAUCAAGAAAUAA